AUGGAUAACACCGUGGAGAGAUACCCCCUGGAUACCGCAUCCCCCUGCCUGCGGCCGUUCUCGUGCGAGCAGGGGCUGCUCUCGCGGCCCGACGGCUCCGCCGCCUUCGUGCAGGGGGACACGUCGGUGCUGGCCGGGCUCUACGGCCCCGGCGAGGUGAAGGGCAGCCGGGAGCUGCCGGACCGGGCGGCGCUCGAGGUCCUGCUGCGCCCCAAGGUGGGGCUGCCAGGGGUGCUGGAGCGCAGCCGGGAGCAGCUGCUGCGCCGCGUGUGCCGCACGGCGCUGCUGGGCGCCCUGCACCCCCGCACCGGCGUCACCCUCGUGCUGCAGGUGCUCGGCGACGCCGGCUCCGCCAUGGCGGAGCUGCACGUCAUCGGGCAGAUCGUGGGCGCCAGCGGCUUCGAGCAGAGCGACGGCCUCUUCUGCAAGUGGGACGUGCACACAGGGAGCGCCUGGAAGCUGCUGGGGGGGCGCCGGGAGGGGCAGACGCAGGUGGACUCCCCCCAGGCCGGGGACGUGGCCUAUUGGUGCCACCCCAUCGACCUGCACUUCGCCACCAAGGGCCUGCAAG